CUUUCAGGAGCCUAGGCUCCACGACUGAAUAUCUCGGUUGUUACGCAGUUGUAGACAGAACAAGGAACAUGACCUGACAACUUUCGGUAUUCCUCCUUCGGCUUGUCCUUGUGCGCAAUUAGUUUCUCUUCGUGCAAGAAAAAGUCCCGCAUUCGUAAUCCGAGUCACAUACUACACAUUUUGACAGGCUCCUCAUUCAACACACUCUUUUAUCAUUUUGACAUACAAUUACAAAUAGUUUUUCAAUGAAUUUCAAUUAUACCAACAUGAUCGACAUGUUUUUCUUAGCUCCGCCGGACCAAAUUGAGGCGGUUGGUAUUGGCGUGGUUGCGAUUGUGUGAGUAGCAACAUAAUUUAAAUUUUUGAAAAAUUGCUGUUUGCCAUUUUCAUUUUGGUCUUUAUUCCAAUUUCAAUUUUAUUUCCCCGUCCUGCGCAGCUCUACUACUACUAGACCUUUCUGAAUCUUCCUGCUUGUUCCUCUUGAAACCACCACCACGCUACCAGCAGCAUGGCGACGACGGGUCGGUUGAAGAAGCACAUCCACUACGGGGACAUUCCCGAGAUGGAGUUUGAUGUGAUCCAGGAGUACGAAAACGAGUACGACGAGCUUCUUCUGAAGCUCGGGUCCCGGAUCUCCCGGCUCUGCAUGGGCGGGGUCCACAGCUCCCACCGCCGCAAGGGGUUGAUGGACAAGGUGAACAAGGUGAUCGGCGAAAUCGGGCACCUGCUCUCCAAGUGGCUCCGCCGCGACAAGUCGCACAACGGCCUCGUGCGGAGUAUGGUGGCCGACAACUUUUACCGCCUAGCCCGGCUCUUCGCCGUGCUGGAGCAGCACUACUCGCUGGCGCGCCUGGCGGCGUCCCGGAUCGCCCGCGACGUCUACAUAAACGACCCCGUCGUGUUGGACUGCCGCAUUUACGCACAGGAAGUCUUGAAGGCAGUGGAGUGGAAACACAAGGACGACUUGAAUUUCAGGGAUGCGGUCAAGGGCCAACUGAAAGUACUGUUUUACGCGUCUCGAGUUUCUAAAAUUUAAAUUUACCCUCGCGAUUAAAAGUUUUUUGUACAUUUCUCCGUUUUGCCUGUGAUGUAAGUUGGUUCAAGAACAACUCCUGCCACUAGCAGAUGUGCAAGUCGUAAUUUCAUCAACAUCAACUACACUCGACUACAAACAAAAUUCAGAUUCUGAAGAAGGAGCAAGUUGAUGGCCCGGGCUCCUACGUGGAGCCGGAGAAGGUGCUAAAGAGGACCACGAUCAAGGAAAUGUCGCUUUUUCGAACGCGCGAGGAGCGGAAGAAGUCGAUUUACGUUUCGGAACGUGACAAGAAGACCAAAAGAAGCGGGGAUCCCUCGUCUAACGGGGAUUUUACGGGUGGUUCCGGGAUCGAGACGGAGGGCGCCGCACUAUUUCGGGAUCAGCACAACGCGGAGAAGGAAAAGAGAAGAAGGGAGCGCGAGAGGCUGGAGGCGGCCGCGCGGGAGGCGCAGGAGGAGCUUGACCGGGAAAAGGCGGCGGCGGAAGCGCGAUACGAGAUGCAGCUGAAGGCAGAGCAGCAAGAGAUGGACAUUUUGAACCGCGCUUCCCAGGCGCAAAAGGAGAGGUCGAGCAGGCCGUCGGCUGCAGCCGCGGCCGGUCGUAAAACCGCGGAGGACGCGCCGAAGGGGCGCAACUUCGAAGUCACGGGGGAGGGUUAUUUUUUGACGGGCCCGUCGGAGCAGAAGAAACGGAAAACGGAUAUAUCGCCCACGGCCCACAAAGGCUUUGACCCCGGGAGGCUGAUCCAGGGCGCCGAGAAGCUCCAGGGUCGCGAGGGCCGGUUGCAGCAGUUACACAACGAGCACCUGUACGGGGCACAGAUCCCGCUUUCACCCAUGGGGUUCCAGAUGCAGCAGCAGGGCGGCAACCUGGGCCUGGUCCACCGGAUGUCCCAGCUGCCGCCGCGGGUGUCCUGCCAGGCCAUGGCGCGGUUGUCCCAGCGGGAAGCCGGCGCGCAGCGCGGUGCUGGUGCAGCCACGGGCGCUGUGGAAUUUGAACCGACGGUGCGUCCCUCGGCGAUGGGUGUCCGCCCUUCCCAGGCUCCGCGGCCGUCCGCGGUUGCCGCCAUCCCGCCCAUUACCAUGAUGGCCGAGAACGGCGCGAUGGGGUGCACCACCAGUGACGGUGUGGGCAUCGGAAUCAGCGCCAAAGCGCAGGAAGUCGCAAUCGUGGACGCCGACGGGGACACGGUCCACGACCCCGAGCAGCGGGUGGACUGCCUGCAACAGGCCCUGGAAGAGACCAAUCAGCACGCCGCAGCCGUGGAGGAGCAAGCAGCCGCGGCUGCCGGCGCGCAGGGCGGACCUGCAAGUGCGAACGCCUCGGCCGCUGGAAAUGUCGCCUCGGCCGCUGGCGAUGCGUCAGGCACCUCGAGUGGUCCGGUACCCUCUCCGAUAGACGGUGCGCUGGCCUCAGCCUCCGCGUCCGCGGGGGCUUACAAUACCAGUUCCGGCGGACGGGCAGCGUACAACAACAGUUCUGCGGGAAAGGCCGCCUACACGACCAAUUCUCCCGCUCCUGGUUCCCCGAACGCCACGCCCGCGCCGACAGGCGGGGAGUGGACCAAGAACGGAUACGAUCCGGGUGCGGAUUUCAAGAACGAGAAAACGGUGCAGAAACCCGUCGCCGGGAGGCUCGACCCGUCGAGGAAACCCGGGGAGACGGGGGAGCUACUGACCCCACAGGACUGGAAAAACCAGAACAAGAAGAAUCUCGGCGGUGGGGGUAACGUCGUCAGCGCCGGCGAUGCCCCGGCAAACAUCGCGGCUGGAGCGUUUUACAAGGACGCAAAUGGCAAGUGGGUCCGAAAGCAGGCCCCGAAGCCGCAGAAAGCGGACUUCCGGGCGUUCGUACCGGGUGCAGACAAUGCGGAACCAGAGGAAAGCACUCCGGCCGCCGCCGAGGAAACGCCGGCAGCACCGGCAGAGGAAGCUGCUGCCCCACCGGCAGAAGAAGCUGCUGCUCCACCGGCAGAAGAAGCUGCAGAAGCGAGUUAGGGGAAGGUCUGCUGGAACAGGCUCGGUUCGCAAGCGCAAUUAUUGUACCUUUGUAUACUAAAAUUCCAUGUCGAAAACGAAUACCACUGCUGGCCUAGUUUACACCUUUUUUCAUCAUAAUACAUCGCAUGUGGAGCUAGAUGCUGUGGUCCCUUCGGACGUCCGCAGGUUCUACUGCAUUUUUUUGUGUAGUGUUUUUUACUUGUGUUGAGCUUCAGCUCUCUGUAACUGGAAGCUAAUCGUAUAUUUGUUUUGAAUUCUUUAUCACUUACAUCAUGUUCUGGAGCGAUACUCGCUCCUGCUAUGCUUAUUCAGAGUAGUGAAGGAAACGUUAGCGUUCAAGUUUGUGACUUUUUCGUGACUGCAGCAACAUCUACGUCGUGGUGGUAUCGUAUUCAUGUAUUGUUUAAGUAUUUCAUUUCAACUACCUUCAUCAUGGGGCAGUGCAGAUGGUAACUAGGGAAGCCACUGGUUGGUUUCAGCGUGUCGUAGAACUGGCCGAGGCGGCCGUGCUUUUACAACGAUACAUGUAGAUACUGUAUGUGCUCUCUUGCUGGUAGUUGAAUCUGUGGUUCUGCUGCAAGUUCAGGUUUAUUCGCAUCCUCUUUGGCGCUCUACCACAACCACUGAGCAUUUUGAGCGAGAGCUGUCUUCCACCCUUGAUAUGGUUCCGCUUAAUUUCAUUUCUCAUUGCCGCGAAUUUCAAUGGCCGUGGUCCGUGUCGGUCAACUAUCGCCUCACACACUAGAAUCUCCUCG